GGGAACUAUUUAUGAUUUUACUUUCUUCAGUUUACUUCUGCAGAUCGUUUAAUUUUGUUGCAGUAUAGUGUAGUUUCUGGAGAAGAAACCCUUUGUUUCCAGUUUUGAAUUUCUUCCUCCCCAACUAUGGUUUGCGAUUCUUCUCCUUCUUCUUUCCAUGAUUCUCAAAUAAAAGAUGUGUUUAUCAGUUUCAGCGGCGAGGACACUAGACGCAUUUUUGUCUGCCACCUGCUAGAGGAACUACGUCGGGUGAAAAUUAAACCCUUUGUAGAUGAGGACAUAGAGAGAGGAGAACAUAUACCAUCUUCGCUUCUGAGAGCAAUUCAAGAAUCGCGUAUUUCAAUCGUCGUAUUCUCAAAACACUAUGCCUCUUCAAGUUGGUGCUUGGAUGAGCUAGAAAAAAUAAUCGACUGCAAGAACGUGAACAAACAGAUUGUUUUACCCGUUUUCUACGACAUAAGGCCCUCAGAUGUAAGGCAUCAGAAAGGCGCUUAUCAAAAGGCAUUUGCUCGUCAUGAAUUGAAGUAUCAAGGAAACGACCUGAAGGUGCGAAAUUGGAGAUCAGCCUUGAAGAAUGCUGCUGACAUAUCUGGCUAUGUUUCAUCCGAUUUCAAUAAUGACUCUGAGCUCAUCAAGAAAAUCGUCAACGAUGUUUCGUUAAGAUUGAAUGAUAACCAUUCUAGUCCUAGUGAAUCAGAAGGCCUUGUUGGAACUGAUCAACAUGAUGUUUCGUUAAGAGUGAAUGAUAUCCAUCCUAGUCCUAGUGAAUCAGAAGGCCUUGUUGGAACUGAUCAACAUGAUGUUUCGUUAAGAUUGAAUGAUAUCCAUCCUAGUCCUAAUGAAUCAGAGGGCAUUGUUGGAAUUGAUCAACAUGAUGUUUCGUUAAGAUUGAAUGAUAUCCAUCCUAGUCCCAGUGAAUCAAAAGGCCUUGUUGGGAUUGAUCAACAUGUUGCACGUAUUAGAUCAUUUUUGGAAAUGGAGUCAAAAGAAGUUCAAAUCCUUGGAAUUUGUGGCAUGAGUGGCAUGGGUAAAACUACCAUUGCCCAAGUUGCAUAUGACGAAUUCUCUUCCCACUAUGAAGGCUGUUGCUUUUUACACAAUGUCAGAGAAGAAUCAGAAAAGCAUGGGCUGAAAUAUUUAAGUAACAAACUUAUUUCUGAACUGCAGGGGGAAAAAUCCAUUCCUGUUCAAGAAAAACCUAUCAGUGAAAGAAAAGUUUUUGUGGUGCUUGAUGAUGUGGGUACUCUAGAACAAUUAAAGCAUCUGGUUACAGAGGGAAUUUGCUGGGGAUCUGGUAGUAGAGUUAUUGUAACAAGCAAAGACAAGCAAGCGCUAGAUACUAGAGGAGGACUGCCUCAUAAAAUGCAUGAGGUCAAGGAAUUGGACUCUGAAGAAUCCCUCAAGCUUUUCAGCUUAAAUGCCUUCAAAAAGAGCCAUCCUGAAAGGGAAUAUGAAGGACUUUCAAAAAGACUAGUUGCUUAUGCCAAGGGCCUUCCUCUAGUUUUAAAAGUUUUGGGUUUGCAUCUUUGUUCUAAAGAUAUGGAAGCAUGGGAAAAUACAUUGAGAAAACUUGAGAAGCAUCCCUCUCCUCCAAUUCGAGAUGUGUUGAGAAUAAGUUAUGAUGGAUUGGAUGGCGGACGAAGGCAGAUAUUUCUUGACAUCACUUACUUUUUUGAACGAAAACGUGAAGAUCAAGUCAUGAGCCUACAUUAUGCCAAUGGCAUUUUUGGUGAUUGUGGAAUAAAAGGACUUCUAAAUAAAGGUCUCAUAUCCGUUUCAAAUGACAAUAUGAUACGAAUGCCUGACAUGAUUCAAGAAAUGGGUUGGGAAAUAGUUUGCAAAGAAUGGAACAAAAAUACUGAACAAAGAUGGCACUGGCAGAAACUUGUGCUACAGUACGAUCUGGUGCGCAGUAUAGACCCUGCAGUCUUGUUUGGAACGGAAUAUAGGCCGGUGGUCACGGAGGAUUGAUAGGAAUGGUGUUUGAGUAUCAGCUAUUGAUGUUUGGUGGGGUGGUACUGAAGGGUGGCCAAAGGUAGGUGAUAAGUAGUGUAUCAGCUAUAGACCCUGCAGUUUUGAAAAUUUUUCAAAUCUGAUUUCAUGCUUUCUAAAUAAAGCUCUUAUAUUCGUUUCAAACGACAAUAUAAUGCAAAUGCCUCACUUGAUUUGAGAAACGGGUUGGGAAAUUAUUUGCCAAGAAUGGAACAAAUUCUGGAUGGACCUUGUGGGACGGUAUGAGCUGGCGUGCCCACCAAUGUCGUUUGGAACAGGAUACCAGGACCUCUGAAAUCUUUGAAAGCUGAUCAUACCAUUAAAGCUCUCAGGAAUAGCAGAUUUCUGUCCAUGCAGUCUCUAUUCCUACUGAUUAUGACGCUACUGACCAUUACCUUCAUUGGGAGAUGUAGAUGGUCUCUAUCCGGUGAAACAAUGCAAUUGCUAUCGUUCCAAACCCAAAAAGGAAAAAAAAAAAAAUUGUCAGCUGCACUCCUAAGCUUCAAAAGAAGCAUGUAACAAGGUCUGCAGUGCUGGUGCAUCCAGAAAAAAUAGCCUCCAAAACAGUCCAAUGUUUAUUUAAGUUUCUUUUAUGGAGCAAAAGAUAUGUGAUUUGUGAGUAUGGUAUUGUGUGAGAGCUGAAUUAUAUAUAUGUACUGCAAAACUUCUAGUUUAUUAUUGAGAUUGUUGGUAGUUUUUUUUUUUUUUUUUAAAACUUCACUGUAAUUCUCCUUUUUGCCCCCUUUCUUUUUCAGAGGGAGCUCAUGGAAUAGCUGAGGAGAGAGAGAGAGAGACGCAUUGAGGAAGAGAUCUAUUUCAUUGUUUCAGUUUCUCUUUUCUUUGCUUUUGAAUUCCAUUAUGAUUUUUGAUUUUGAGUUUAUUGUUGCUGGACUGAGAUUGGUUAAAGUCAUGUGUAACUAAUUUUCCUUUUCAACCUAGAGGAACUAUAAACAUGUUGAUUGAUUAAGUUUUAUUUUCA